AUGGAAAGGAACAAUUGUACCAUUCCUUUAAAUUGGCAUUCUCUAGUAAGGCUUGAGCAGGACGAGAUUACAAAGACAAGGAAGUUAGAAGAACUCCGGAAUCAAAUUGCAGUCGAUGUACCUAUGGGGGAUAUACCCGCACCCGGCACUGUUGAAGAGGACGAAGAAGAGGAGGAGGAGGAGGAGGAGGAAGGUUCACCUGCACCCGCUUUCAUUGUACCUCGAACUGUAGAAUAUGGAGAGGAAGGGAAUUCUUAUUCAGAAAUUAUGGGACAACGCGUCCGCUCCUCAUCAACCGUGGCGUCCGUGAUUCAUCAACCAUGGCACCUCCCCACAAUCCUUCCUCCAAACAGCUCAAUGCAAGUAGGCGAGAACUGUCAGAGGCUACCCGUUAGAUGA